AUGAACUGGUGGAAGAUAGUAGGGGGUGUUUUUGGAGGAGCUGUGAUACUGGCAAUUGGUUUACUCAUUGGGCACUUUGGAAUUUCUAAGGCUCCAGCAGAUGAGGUUUCUCAAGAUGUUGAUGAAGAUUUCAUCUCAACAUUUAUUAAGGAGGUGGACAAUAAGAAAAUAGAAGAUAAUUUAAGAAAACUCAGUGUGAAGCCGCAUAUGGCUACAACUGCAGGAGAUGAUAACUUAGUUAAAAUGAUCUACGAUCUGUGGAAUGACAAAAGUUUUGGACUUGAUGAAGCUAAAGUGCAGUAUUAUAAUGUCUUCCUGUCCUUCCCUAAUAAGAACAAUCCAAACAACGUGCAAGUGUUGUCAACUGCAAGUACAGCAUUAUUUACGUCCCGUCUAACAGAAGAGGGUAUCACAAAGGAUCAAAACGACACUGACGUGGUAAAACCGUAUGCUGCAUACGCCCCUAGUGGCAACCCCAAGGGGAAGUUGGUGUAUGCCAACCAAGGCAAGUUGAGUGAUUUUCAAUAUUUGGCUAAUGAUGAAUCAAUAGAUCUGAAUGGUACCAUUGCUAUUGUGCGCUAUGGAGGAGCUGGGCGGUCUGCAAAGGUAAUUAACGCUGCCCAGUUUGGGGUGGUGGGUGUAAUUGUAUAUACUGAUCCCAAAGACAUCAAUGAUGGAAAGGCAGAUCCAAGUGACACGUAUCCUCAUUCCUGGUACAUGCCUCCCUCAGGGGUAGAAAGGGGAUCCUAUACUGAAGAUUUUGGAGACUUGCUUACCCCAUAUUAUCCAGCUAAAAAUUAUACUUACAGACGGAAUGCCAGAUCCAUUGUAGGAAUUCCACCAUUGCCCACACAGCCAAUAGGAUUUGAAGAUGCCAAGACCCUAAUAUGUAAUCUGAAAGGCAACGCUGCUCCAUCAUCAUGGCAAGGAUCUCUCGGUUGUAGCUAUAAUUUGGGACCUGGAUUUAAAGAAAAUAGUUUAUAUAAUGGGAGUGAUGUCAAAGUCAAUGUUUAUAACACGGAAGAGGUUAAGCCCUCAGCCAAUGUCAUGGGAUUUAUCAGAGGCAGCGUGGAGCCAGACAGAUACGUGAUGUACGGCAAUCACAGAGACAGCUGGGUCCAUGGAGCUAUAGAUCCUAGCAGUGGAACUGCAGUGAUGCUGGAAAUCACCAGAGUUCUUGGGACAAAGCUGAAGCAAGGUAAAUGGCGCCCACGAAGAUCUAUUAUUUUUGGUAGCUGGGGAGCUGAAGAAUUUGGUCUGAUUGGCUCAACAGAAUUUGCUGAGGAAUAUUACAACAAACUGAGAGACAGAACUGUAGCAUACAUUAAUGUGGAUAUAUCAGUUUUUGCCAAUGCCACAUUGAGGGCCCAGGGAACUCCACCUGUUCAGGAUGUGAUAUUUACAGCUGCAAAGCAGGUACAAACCCCAUUAAGCUCCUCAGUCUCUGUAUAUGACAACUGGAUUCGUUACUUUAAUAGAAGCAGUGAAUUAUAUGGAAAAACAAUACCCCAGUUGGGUACAUUGGGCGCGGGCAGUGAUUAUGCUCCUUUUCUACAUUAUCUUGGAAUUUCCUGUAUGGACCUUGCAUAUACAUAUGACAGGAGCAAGACGUCAGCUCGAAUAUAUCCUGCUUACCACACAGCAUUCGACACCUUUGAUUAUGCAGCUAAACAUAUUGAUCCAGGGUUUACCAGCCAUCAGACGGUGGCACGCACAGCUGGGAAUGUCCUGAUACGCCUGGCUGACAGCCGCAUUGUCCCUCUCAGACCAAGAGAUUAUGGGGAAACGCUGGAAACUUAUUAUAAAAAUGCUGAGACCAACUUUAAUAAAAAUGAUCUUUCAGCCAAACAAAUCUCAUUGGAGCCUUUGAAGAAAGCUAUAGAAAGAUUCAAUGCAGCUUCGGAUGCACUAAUGAAGCUGAUUAACGAAAUCAAGAACUCAAAAGAGGAGCCACUUAUAAUCCGAAUGAUUAAUGACCAGUUAAUGCUCCUGGAACGUGCCUUUAUUGAUCAUUACGCUUUCCCAAAUCAACUAUAUUACAGUCAUGUGAUUUGGGCAUCAAGAAGUUCCAGUGUGGUGACUUUCCCAGGACUCGCAGAUGCGUAUUUACUGGCCAGCACAACCCAUCUUGAAGAACAUUGGGACCAGGUUCGCCAUCACUUGACAAUAGCUAUCCAUUCUGUGGAACAUGCUGCAUCGACCCUGGAGACAGCUGCCAGUCUUUAACAAAUAUUCCCUAAUAAACAUAUUUUUUUACUA